AUGCAGUCGUUCUUUACUAUCACAACACUGGCCGCGGGUCUAUUUGCUUCAUCCGUCAGCGCUGGCAGCAACCACGGCCACAACCACAACCUACACGAAAAGAGACAUGGCCAUGAACACGAGCUUAUGGCGCGUCAGUUCGCUACCGGCGACAUCAACGCGACGUGCGGGUGCACGACGUACACAACGACCUGGUAUGGUGAGCCGACGCUGGUGCAGAUGGCUACGGCUACCGUCAACACCACAGUGACCAUCAAGGUCUCUCCAGUUGCCGCGACUGGGCCACUCAAGCUUGGGGACGGCUCCAGCGCCCUCGUCGUCGCCUUCGGUUGGCUUCUUCAGCUACUCGCCCGCGUCAAGCAGCUCCUUGAUCUUCAGCUACUCGCCCGCGUCAAGCAGCUCCUUGAUCUUCAGCUACUCGCCCGUGUCAAGCAGCUCAUUAAACUUCAGCAGCAGCUCAGUGCUGCUUAG